AUGGAUAUAGAUUCACCUGCACAGUUGACCUCCCCACAUGAAAGAAUCGGGCCUAUUGACUAUCGAUGGACAUCUCUCAGUAGUGGCAUUCUGGACCUUUACGUUGAGAGCACCUCGAAGGAGGAUACAGAAUUGUUCCAGAAAUGGAAGGCCGACAUGGACAAUCUCCUGAUGCAUCAGGAAAACCCCACUUUUCCUUAA